AACCUCAAAAUCUCUCCCUUUUUCUCAAAAUCAAAGCCCCCCACCCAAAAAUGCCUGCUUUUCCAGAAGAGCCGCUGCUAGCCUCCAACGCGGAUCGGUUUUGCAUGUUCCCGAUCCAAUACCCUCAAAUCUGGGAGAUGUACAAGAAGGCCGAGGCCUCCUUCUGGACUGCCGAGGAAGUGGACCUCUCACAGGAUCUACGCCACUGGGAAGCCCUCACCGACGACGAGCGUCACUUCAUCACUCACGUCCUCGCGUUCUUCGCCGCCUCGGACGGAAUCGUCCUUGAGAACCUCGCGGGCAGGUUCAUGAAGGAAGUCCAAGUCGCGGAGGCUCGUGCCUUCUAUGGUUUCCAGAUCGCAAUCGAGAAUAUCCACUCCGAGAUGUAUAGUCUCCUCCUCGAAACCUACAUUAAGGAUUCCGGUGAAAAGAACAGGCUCUUCCAUGCCAUCGAAACGGUGCCCUGCGUAGCGAAGAAGGCUGAGUGGGCGUUGAAAUGGAUAGACGGAUCUGAGUCCUUCGCGGAGAGAUUAAUCGCCUUCGCUUGCGUGGAGGGGAUUUUCUUCUCUGGAAGUUUCUGUGCUAUAUUUUGGCUAAAAAAGCGUGGGUUAAUGCCGGGGCUUACCUUCUCCAACGAGUUGAUCUCGCGGGAUGAAGGCCUCCACUGCGAUUUCGCCUGCUUGCUGUAUAGUCUUCUAAAGAAGAAGCUAAGUGAGGAGCGCGUGCGAGGAAUCGUCAAGGACGCGGUGGACAUCGAGAGGGAGUUUGUCUGCGACGCGCUGCCGUGCGCGCUGGUAGGGAUGAACGGCGAGUUAAUGAGUCAGUACAUCGAGUUUGUCGCCGAUCGGUUGUUGGGAGCGUUAGGGUACGGGAAGAUGUAUGGUGUGGCGAAUCCGUUCGAUUGGAUGGAGCUGAUUUCGUUGCAGGGGAAAACGAAUUUCUUUGAGAAGAGAGUGGGGGAGUAUCAGAAGGCUGCCGUUAUGUCAAGCUUGAACGGGAACGGAGCGACCCACGUCUUCAAAAUCGACGAAGACUUUUAGGGUUUGCUAUGCUCUCCUGGGUUGUCGAAUUGCCUUUUUCUCUGUGUAUUUUUGUGUUUGAAUUUCAAUUUGCUGCUCAGAAAUUUAAAAUGAUAGUAAUAUAUAUUAUAAAAUUUUUUGUUUGCA